CCAAGGGAGCUGUGGCUCGGGGUUUUCUUUCCUAGCAGAACAAUUUCUGCUCCUAAGUUUGCACGCUUGGCUAGGAGCUUUGGCUGCAUUAAAACCCCGAACGAAGGGGUUCUUUGCCCCCCUUCCCCCCUGCGUUUUCUUCCCUCUCCCGCACUGAGAUUUGCACAUUUUUCUUUUCCUUCUGGGGUGCGGGUUGCAAAGGACCAAAACUAUGCCCCGGAAGAGUAUCUUGGAGGUGAAGGUGUUGGACGUGCAGAAGAGGCGAAUUCCCAACAAACACUAUGUUUAUAUCAUUAAAGUCAUCUGGUCCAAUGGCUCUACAGAGGUCAUUUAUCGCCGAUACAGCAAGUUCUUUGACUUGCAGAUGCAAAUGUUGGACAAAUUCCCAAUGGAAGGAGGACAGAAGGACCCUAAACAAAGGAUCAUUCCCUUCCUACCAGGCAAGAUCCUGUUUCGCCGAAGCCACAUCCGUGAUGUUGCUAUCAAGCGCCUUAUUCCAAUUGAUGAGUACUGUAAGGCUUUGAUCCAGCUGCCCCCAUACAUCUCUCAGUGUGAUGAGGUUCUUCAGUUCUUUGAAACAAGACCAGAAGACUUAAAUCCCCCCAAAGAGGAACCCAUGGGAAAGAAGAGAUCUGGCGGAGAUUUGGCAUCAGCAGAUCCCAUGGUACUGGAGCAGUAUGUGGUGGUGGCAGAUUACCAGAAGCAAGAGAGCUCUGAAAUCAGCUUGUGUGCAGGCCAAGUGGUGGAUAUAAUUGAGAAGAACGAAUCUGGCUGGUGGUUUGUGAGCACGUUGGAUGAGCAAGGCUGGGUCCCAGCUACAUGCCUUGAAGUUCAAGAUGGAGUCCAAGAUGAAUUUUCAAUGCAGCCUGAAGAAGAGGAGAAAUAUAUAGUAAUUUACCCUUAUACUGCACGGGACCAAGAUGAAAUGAACCUGGACAAAGGGACAGUGGUGGAAGUGAUCCAGAAAAACCUGGAGGGAUGGUGGAAAAUCAGGUAUCAGGGUCAAGAGGGCUGGGCCCCAGCAUCCUACCUUAAAAAGGGGAGUGGGGACAUGUUGACACCAAAACAGGGAUCAGCAGCUUCUGCCCAGUCAUACGCGCUAGAUCUGGAUGGAAUUUCCCGGCAGCAGAAUUCAGCAAGCCGAGACAAGGAUGGAAGUAACAACCAAAGAGAUGGAAGGUUUGAUGGUCGCCCAUUACCGAAUGUGGAACUCAGGCGAAAGUCUCCAAAGAUGAGGCAGAGACCCCCUCCUCGUCGAGACCUCACAAUACCACGUGGCCUCCACCUGCCUAAGCCUCCUGUGCCGCCACAAGUAGAAGAGGAAUAUUACACCAUUGCUGACUUCCAGACCACUAUCCCUGAUGGCAUCAGCUUCCAAGCGGGACUUAAAGUAGAGGUGAUUGAGAAGAACUUGAGUGGUUGGUGGUACAUUCAGAUUGAGGAAAAGGAAGGCUGGGCACCAGCUACUUUUAUUGAUAAAUAUAAGAAAACUAGUAAUGCAUCUAGGCCAAACUUCUUGGCCCCACUACCGAAUGAGAUCACACAACUCCGCCUUGGCAACAGCAUAGCAGAGAGCAGCUUGAAUGGAGAAGUCCCUGGCCCAUCCAGGCCACUACCCGAUGCUCCAUCUAAUGGUGCAGACCUUGGAGGCAAAUGGAAAGGAAAGGAGGCCUCCAAGAGUGCCCUUUCUGAGGCUAGUGAUGCAUUUAUAUUUGUUGGAUAUGAGGAGAUUUCUGAUCAGGAUGCAGAAGAGAAACCUAGUCUUCCACCUCGGAAGGAAUCGAUUAUUAAAUCGGAAGAGGAAUUAAUGGAAAGGCAGCGGCUGGAGCCGAGGCCACCUCCUAAGCCUCCUGGUACCAUUUUGCCAGUGAUUCCUCCCAAGCAAACUGUGCCUCCAAGGGACAACAGGAAACCAGACCUCAAAACAGAGAAAGGGAAAUUGUUCCAACUGAAAAAUGAAAUGGGAUUAGAAUGUGGGCACAAGGUAUCACCCAAAGAAGUAAAGAAACCAAAUCUCCGACCCAUAGUCAAGCCAACCAAGCCAAAAAUUGAACCCCUGGAGGAUAAGCCUGAGCCAGUUCCCCAGAACCCCUUCUUGAAAUCAAAGCCUCAGAUCAGACCGAAGCCAGCAGCAGCCCCUAGAACAGAGCCGCCGGCUACUCAGUCGGAAGAUAAACUAGACAUUUGCAAUCUGAGGAGCAAACUCAGGCCUGCAAAGAUGCAAGAGAAGCCUUCUGAACAGGACUCUGUGGUAGGGGAAAAUGCCUUUAGCAACCAUGUGCUGCCCGCAGAACUUUCUGUAAGAUCACAGGAAAGAUCAAAUGCAGAGAUGAGGCCUCCAUCCAGACCAGACAGCCAGAUCUUUAAGGAGGCUGCUUUGCCCAAAGCUCCUGUUGCCUCUCCAAAGUCAGGUGAGAGCGAGUCCAAGAGCAGCUUUCCAGUUCCCAAGGAACCACCUCAACGUCCCAUCGUACCACCUAGGCGGCCACCUCCACCCAAGAAAGCAUCCUCUGCAUCUCCCUAUGCCCCCUCUCCUGAGCAUAAAGCACCACAGAGGGAAGUGCCUGAAGUCAGAGCUGCCCCAGUGCCUGGCAGGCCAUUACUGGUUCCACCAAAAGCCAAAGGUUUCCUGCCACCUCCAUGCCCAGAUGAUGCCAAAGCAAAAAGCGGCGUAGGCCAAAAGGCAGUCCCCAAGCCAGUGGAAAGGGAGACCAAGGAGAGAGGGCCUGCCCCCAUCACCAGUUCAGAUGUCUCCAAAGAAGCCCUCUAUGUGGCAGUUGCAGAUUUUGAUGGUGAUGAAGAAACCAGCAGCUUUAAAGAAGGGACUUUAUUUGAAGUUCAGGAGAAGAACAACAGUGGCUGGUGGUUUUGCAAGGUCCUCGCUGGGGGGCCAUGUUGGGAAGGCUGGAUUCCUUCCAAUUAUCUCAUUAAAAAGUCAUAGUCAUCCCUCCCUCAUCUUCAGUUUAUGUGGCUCAACAUCCCCCAUUUUAUUACUAAAAUAUUUAAUUAGCUUAUUAAUUUAUAGUAUUUUUUCAUAAGGCUGGCUUUAUUUUUUUAAAGUAUCUGGGAUACCAUACAUUCCAAUGUGUGACUUUUCCAAAUCAGGCCAGCAAGAGAAACGGGGCUUGAUGUCAUGUAGGUCAGCAACUGUUCCUGCUUUUUGGCAAAUUAUUUCCUAUGCACCUUUUGAUAUGUAAGCCCCUUGCCUCUCAUCUGUAUGGUUUAUGACAUUGUGUUUCUCUCACAACACUGGCUGAUAAGAAUGUCCCUUUUUCUCCUCUACAAGCUCUUGGGCAAAUAAACAAACCAGAGACUGCAAAAUUGGUGCUCAACAACCUGUUUUCAGGUAGUCUGGGAGAAAAUCUAUUUCUGGCUUAGUAAAAAAAAUAGAGCCAAGUUUACUAGCCAAGAAAGGGAAGAGGAAAUAGGAAAGACCAUUGUUUGACUGAAUGUCCUUGUUAAAUGUCAAGUGCCAUAUUAUAAACUAUUAUGAAGAGCUAAGGGACUCCAUAGCAAAAAGAAUAAAUAAUCCAUCUGAUUAUACACUAGUUAGGUGCAAAGGCAUAUCAAGGUGGGUGAGAAAUUUGUCUCAAGUUUGUGCCUUUUGUCCCUUGUUUGAAAAAUCUUACUGACAGAGCAGUUGUUUUUUGUAGGGCAGCUCUAUUACAUGAUGCUUUUUUGAAACCAUGUGCGAUAGGACUUGAAUGCGCGCUCUCUGCUGCCCCCAUCCCAGUGUGGGCUUGUAUUUCUCAAUACUGCAGCCUCGUUUCAGUAAACAGAGGCUAUCCAUACUGCUGAACCCUAAGGAUCUGAAUGACUCCAGGCACUGUGGCAGGAGGAUUGCUGGCAGAACUUAGCAUCUCUCCUUCAAGCCUAGAUUGCACUGCUGUUUUCUUUACUGUUCCCAUAAGCCGGUCCCGUGGUCUGUUCAUCCCUGAUUCCCCAGUUGACAGCUGCCAAGAUGGUUGUCCUCCAGUGGGUGCUAAUAACUUCUUUUCAACCUGGAAAGAGCAACCAGAUCUCAUGGGGAGGAAGGUAUUGCUGCAUCUCUACCCAUAUUACCCAUAAUAUCUCUUCCUUACUCAUUUUUUCUGUCUAUUCCAAAAAAGCAUGUUUCUUGUUUUUGUGUUGGCUGUAGAGAACACAACAAAACCUGGAGCUGAUGGAAGCCAGUGCCAGCAGUGUCAGCUGAAACAUGCAGCCAUUGUAAAAAAUAGUUCUCAGACUGUUCCCCCCCCCCCCCGCCUCCCCCCAGUCACAGGGAAUAUGUGGGUCCUGGUCUUUUAGCCCUGGAUCAUGGCACAUAUCUAUGAUACUGUGAAACUGGUUCUCAGUUGAGUAUGGAUGGGUACUAUAUAGCAUUUUCCUGCUAAGAGUUACUUCACGUGAUAUUUCGGUAGUUUGGAUUGGAACAAUAACUAAAUGCAGCAUGCAUGCCCAUGGCACCAGGUAUGGACAUGUGUGUGCAUUUGGUGCUUGAUGUUUUAAAAGGCACCAGGGUGGGGUGCUGAUCUUUUCCUCAUCUUUGCUCAUAUUUAAAGGGCAAUCCUAACCAUGUAUGUGUGCAAGUAAUGCAUAGAUGCAUAAUUUCAGUCCUUGAAGUUUGAAAGCACCAGACGAACAUACUUCUGGCCUGCAGUCCUCGAUGAUGUUGAUUGGAUUUGAAACAAAAAAUUUAAAAAGACAAAAUUUAUGUGGCUUCACUGUGGUUCUGUACAGCUGAGUCCAGAAUAAGUGAAGAGUUUGCCGUAGAAUACGUUGCGGUCCUUUAAAAGAUGUAAGAUGGGAUCCCUGAUCACCAUAGUUCAAGUUUGUGAAUUAUUGGGCCUGAGUGUCUAGCUCCCUCCUAUCUGAAUCUUAUUAAUUUGAUAAUUAAAAUAUGUAAGUAUUAAUUUUUACAUCAAUCCCUAUAGGGAAUCCAGAUCCCAGUUUUGCAUUUGAGAAUCAAUACUUCAAGUUUUGUGUCUGCAUUUUUCAUAGAGACAGGCUGUUUUGGCCACCAUUUCCUAGUGCUGGGGUGUUUACUUUUUUCUUCCCUUAGAUAUACCCAUGUUCUUUAUAUUGUCAAUAGAUAGGAUCUGUUUGGUUGGUUUUCAUGCCAUUAGAUCUAUGCUUCUCAUGCCUAUUUCUCCCUACCCUGAUCAGCUGUCUGUUGAUAAUACAAUCGCAAUUACUGAAUGAUCUGCUGUCCAGUAGUGUUUGUUCAGCAAACAACCAUCCAGUCCUGUUUGACCUGUAUAUUAUAGCAAAAUAAUUCUAAAAUGGAUGACUGUUUGAUACAGAGAGAAAUGAUUUGAGUCACCACUGUGUCACUUUCCCGUGGUGCCCUGAGUCCCAAAGAUGCAUUGUUUCCUGUUUUUCCAAGUAUGAAGGAGUUCCCUCAGUCAAAAAGCUGAUGGCUUCUGUUAUCAUUUUAUAACACGUUUGGUGUAUUGGACUUUAUUUGUUCUCUUGGAUGCGAAAUCAUGGCCAUGACACAUCUCUUCCUCCAUUUACUAUUGAUAAAACACAGACCAUGAGAUGGUGUACUUUGCUGCAAUACAAGAAGACAUGGCGAGCAACUCUUGCCUAAUAGUUUAUCAUCCUAUGUUGAAUGGUAAAAUGUUAUAACAACCUAUUACCACAGCAUGUAAUUUGUUACACACUUAUUUUCCUGUUACCGCACACCAGACUGACCAUGGUUUGCUAAAGAGAUAAAGGAUAUUGAACCUCUUAUUUACCAAAUCUCGAUUUACAGCACUCUGGCUGGUGUGUUGUGGAGCCAAGGCAGGCCUGCCCAAAUGGCCUUACCUUUUCAUCUGCAGUCUUUAGAAUCUUGUUUUAAUGCCUAAUAUUAUGUAAUCAGUCUUUAUGUUUCUGAGGGUGGGGUGGGUUUUUUUCUUGAGGAGGAUAGAUGUAGCCUGUGUAAAAACCAUGUAUACUUCCAGCAUUACAAUUUUUUUUAAGGUAAAGAAAUUAAAAAAGCUUGACUGGUUUCAAGCAGAAUUGC